AUGUCAAAAAAAACUGCACCAAGCACUCCAACCAGAUCAUCCAAGAGAGACCGAUUCCAAGUGGAGACCGAGCUCAAUGAUGGAUCCAGAAUGAGAGCGACGGAUUACUACUUCAAGGAGCGUUACGAGAGGGCCAUCGAAGCUGCCUUCCAACAAAGAAGCGCUCGUCUCAAUUUGGAUUUUUGUGACAAGACAUACGUGAUCUACCUCCCAACAAUGAUGCAAUAUGAGAGGGAUAACCCAAGGAAAUUGAGAAUGAUCAAGCGAGAAGGAAUUCGACCAAUUGGACGUCAAGCUAUUAUAUGUUUUUCUAUUUUUUCUUAG